AUGGCAGAGUUAGAUAUGACUGCACAGAAAUGGAAUGAGGAGGGUGAUAAAAAGUUUAACAAUGGCAAUUGGUCAGAAGCCUUAAGUCACUACACGAAGGCAAUUGAACUAGCAACAGACAACACUGAGAAAGGAUUGUAUUACGAUAAUCGAGCUGCCGCAUAUUUUGAGCAGGGCAAUUACGACGAAGCGAUUGAAAACUGCAACAGUGUGUUAAAAAUAUUCCCUAACGUUCCCGUAACAUUGUUUCGCAGAUUUUUAGCAUUAACAGAGUUAGAAAGAUUCGAGGAAGCAUUCGAGAAGGAUGAGGACGAGAAAAUUAUUUCAUCUCACUCAAAUGAUACAUCUGGCUCAAAUGAUUCACCACAUCUUCAUAUAGCGGAGCAAUUUCGUGAAAUUUCAGACAAAUAUAUUAAGGAAAAAGUAUCACAAAUAAUGGAUCUAGCAUUUAACGUGAGCGCAGAUCAGGAGAAACGUGAAAACGCCGUGACUCUACUUAGGCUUACACGUUGGAGAACUGAUACCUACGAAAUCUUCAUAAAAAAAGUAGGAAUAAGGAUGAUGAAGUGA